AUGUCGAACCCAACAUCCUCCGGUCCGCAGCAGGAAAUCGCCGGCACGCUGCCAAACAACUUUUCGCUGCGCAAUAAUAUGAAGGCGGACCCCAAGGUGCCCCUGAACGCGGUGCCCAACCCCGAGACCGGGCGUGACGACGUCAACACGGGCGGUCGGGGCGGCGACGUGCUUCGACAGGAGACGCAGGCUCACGACAUCGAUCUACCCCCGAACAAGCCGCACAACCACCCCGAGGCCAACGAGUCGCACAAGAAGGUGUACUCCUCUCACAAGGGUCCUGACAAGCCCGACGUCUAA